AGGGGUUGAGCCAAGAAUGGGUGCUUGUUCAGCACGUCUAGGGUGUCCCACCCCAGCAGACAUCCCCAGGGAUUCUCCAUUGGGCAAGAUCCUGGCCGAUUGGGGUGGGUUUGCAUCGAAAAACAUGGUGCAGGCCAGGUUGGUCCAACUCAGCAAGCGUAAGUGGCCCCUCGUGGCCCUUGAAGGGGGAGUCGCUUGGCCUCCACAUGGCAGUGAGGAUGAGAGUCUCAUUUUGAAACUCCAGAGCCAUUGCCAUGGGGAGGGCAAGUGGACCCAACUGGCUUAUGCUGCAAUGUUCAUGGCCUUAAGCCAGAGGGAGAGUGGAAGGGGGGAGGGGGUCCAAGUCUUCCCAUGCAGGGACGUGGGCUCCAAACCUACCCUCCUUAAAAGCUCCUCUCUAGACCUACUUCCCCUCCCGCCUCCACCAGAAGAGGAACUUCUGGAGACAUUUGCUUGUCCCCCACCUUACCAACCUCAACCCCUAUCCCUUGCCCCACCUCCUCCCCGGCUUUCUCCUCCUGUUCUGAGUCUUGCACCGAUCCAGAACUCCCAGAUUGACCCCUCAAGGGAACCUCUGCUUCCCGGGAUCCCCACUCUCCCAGAUUCACUCACCCAACCCCCUACCCUUUCGCCCCAUCUCCCCUCCGUUUCCCAACCUCCCAUUCCCUCUCAGCCCCCCCAAUCCUCUCUUCUCUCUCCUCCUCCCAACCCCCCCAUUCUCCAAUCCUUUUCUCCCUCUCCUUCUCAAUUUCCCUCCCCAUUCUAUCUCCCAUACACGCUACCCAGAGGAUCACCCUUCCCGAUCCCAGACCCUCUCGCCUCUCAGACUUUCCACCCUCUAUUACUCCCCUCUGCGCCUCCUGCAAGGACCCCCCCGUCUCUUCAGCACCCCCAGCUUCUCAGACCACCCCACCAGUCCCCCUAGCG